AUGAAGCAAGAUAGUAAAAUUAUUGUGCUUGGUGCUGGCGUGAUGGGGUUAUCGACAACCUUAUCAUUGCUGGAGCGGGAUUAUACAAACGUUCACCUUUUUGACAAGCGUGAUUAUCUAUCCAAAAAGUAUAGCUAUUUUGAAGGCUGUGAUAGUCCUUCGUCUGACCUAAACAAAGUUUUCAGGUCAUCUUACGGUUCUGAAGUUCAUUAUCAAAAGAUGUCCAAUGCUUCUCGAGAAAAAUUCAUUGAAUGGAACAAAGAAAUUGCCAAAGAAAACUGGGAAGGUGGUGAGCCAAUUUAUUACAACACAGGUAAUGUUCACCUUACAGAUAAAAAGGUUUUGCCUGAGUUUGAGAGACUCAGUUUGAAAAAUAUGCCUGAAGACUCUAUCUGUAUAUCCGACAGGGAUGCUGAAGAAAGAGCGGUUAAUAGCGGCUUGUAUCCUUGCGCUAUAGAUCCUUUUGAUAUGAGGAAAAGAGGCAAGCAUUUGCAAGGCCUUUUGGAUACCACGGGUGGUAUGACAUUAGCCGAUAAGUCAUGUAGAUGGGUUUUAAAAAAGUGUAUGCUGAAGGGAAAGGACAAAUUAUCAACCUAUUUUGGAGAUCCUGGAACGCUAACAGAACUUCUUCUAGAGUACAAUGAACUUACCGGAGGAAAGAAGUGUGUUGGAAUAAAGACAAAGGAUGGUACUCGGCAUUUCUGCGACCAUCUUAUUGUUUGUGCCGGUCCAUGGUUGAGUGAGAUUAUUUCCGAAGCAGGAGAGAAAGUCGAAGCAACCGGUGGUUCUGUUUGCAUGAUCAAGAUAAAGGAUAAGGCGACACAAAGAAAGUACGCUCAGACAAAGUUCCCGACAUGGACCUACAAAGUCAGAGAUGGUGCACUUGGAGGAUUGUACGGUUUUCCUUGUACUGAAGGAUAUAUGAAGAUAGGUUACAGAGGCUUGAAAUGGAUCAACCCCGUCGGCGACAUCAAUUCAAAAGUGAAAACCAAAUGGAGUCCUGAGGAGCAGGAAACAAACAUCCCUCUCUUUGCGUUGAAGCAAAUCAAGAACUUCAUCAGAGAAAACAUUCCGGAGGUGAAGAAGAUCUCCAUGACUCGGCUUUGUUGGUAUUCAGAUAGCUCGGACAAUGACUACCUAAUAUCAUACUGCCCCUACUACGAAGACCGGUCUGUUUUUGUCAUGGCCGGCGAUUCUGGACAUGCGUUCAUGAUGCUAGGCAGUAUUGGUGAUGUUGCAACCGAUAUCAUUAACGACGAGGGAGAUCCAUUUCUGAGAAAUCUGUUCUCUUGGGAGAGAGAAAGAGAGACGCUGAAUAUUAUCAAUUCUGGAGCAGAGGAUCCGAGAUGCCUAACAGAAACGGUGAUGGCCUCUCCUAAGGACUGGUGGAUUGACGAACCGUCCAAAUUGUAA